CUUGUUUCUUACAAGCCAAACUCUAUUGAUAUCUCCUUGUGUGCAUGAAUCCUCCACUGCUUCUUCCAUUUCUUUGAGGUUUUUAAAAUAUUCAAUCACUUUCCAAUUUUUUUUGAUUUUGAUAAUUUUGAUGAACGCCGUCUUGGAGGUUUGUUGCAGUUUUUUCGUGAAAUCAUAUGUAUUUCCCUUCUUUAUAGAUUCCAUUUCCUCAUUAGUUAGGUCUCUCACAGUCUGCCAUUGAUCCCGCUCUUGUCGUCCUUUCAAACCUAGUUUUGCGUCAUACUAUCUGAUAAAAUUUUUGCUAAUACAAAUACCGAAAUGUCCAUCCAAGAACAUUUUUUCAAAGUUUUCGUUCAAAGCGAUUUUUGCCUUAACGGUUUUGUAUUUGUAUUGUCCUCGAAUUUGCAGUCUGUAAACCGUUCCUAUCUUUGUCAGAUUUGUUCUUACAUCGUCCUCGCUCCAAUAUUUUGGUAUAUCGUAGAAAAAUAUGUCACAUGCCUCCUUGACCUGCUGAUCAUUACUGGUAUUUUCGGGUAAAACUGGUAUCUCUAAGAUUUCUUCCUGUUUUCUCCUAUUUGAUGUCGAUCUGCCUUU